AUGUCAUAUCAAUACUCUUACGGUCCUCAAGGUGGUGGUGGCGGCAGACCUCCACCUCAACAACAAGGUGGCUAUCAGCAAGGCGGUUAUCAGCAAGGUGGCUAUCAGCAAGGUGGUGGAUAUGGAGGUGCCCCAUAUCAAUCUUCGCAAUAUGGCGGUGGUGGAGGUGGCAGACCACAAGCAUUCAAUCAGGGCUCUGGACCACCUCCAGGAGGCGAUCCUCAAUUGUGGAGUUGGUUUAUGUCGGUCGAUCGAGAUGGAAGUGGUCAAAUCAAUGCAACCGAACUACAACAAGCUCUCGUCAAUGGAGAUUGGACGCCAUUCUCCACAGAUUGUGUUAAGUUGUUGAUGAACAUGUUUGAUCAUGAUCGUAGUGGAACAAUUACCUUUAAUGAGUUUGCUGGAUUGUGGAAAUAUAUUCAAGAUUGGCAGGGCGUCUUUCGUCAUUUCGAUGCUGAUAGAAGUGGUUCAAUCGAUCAAGGAGAGUUAUCCAGGGCACUAUCAAACUUUGGCUACAACCUCAACCCCCGCCUCUUGCAUCUUAUGACACAAAAGUUUGUCACUUCUUCCGAUGUCGCAGGUAGUACACGUGGAACGAUCACCUUUGAUGGCUUUGUGAGAUGUUGCGUGGUCGUCAAGACCUUAACAGAAAGUUUCGCUCGCCGUGAUGUGCAACGUACUGGUCGAAUCACAAUUUCCUACGAUGACUUUAUGGAUAUCUGCUUGUCUGCGCCAUGA